AGAAAUGUUGCUAGAUAGAAAUGACGAGUUUUCCAAAAUGUUGACAGAAGCGAUCGCUGCCGGGAGAUUUGCAUUGAACUCUUUGUGUCUGACUGGUCAUUAGAGAAUGAACACAUCUUUGUGUUUCAACGUCGCAAAGCUUCCCAGUCACAGCUCCAUAAUCAUCAGGAAGACUCACUAUUUUAUUCCCAACCCAGUAUGUCGUCAUCAGUCAAAAAAGAACUUUUCCUAUGCUGUUAAACGAGAUUCGCGAAAAGCUCAUUUCUUUCUACUUUCUUGCUCCGGUAUUAUACUAAACACAAAGUCAGGCGGUCACGCUUUUGUGGGUUAUUAUUUAGCUCAUGCACUGCUGCAACAGAAGCAAGUACAAGUAACAUUGUGGAAUGAGGGGUCAGAGGCACAACUUAGAAGUUCUCAACCGUUUUCUCACUAUUCAGAGUUGAAGACUCUCGGAAUAAAUACUAUAUUCGGUCAAUCUGCAACUGAGAGUUUGGAAGGUAAAGUGAGAAAAUGUGACUGGAUAAUAGACAAUUUUUCAAAGGACGUUGAAACCACGAAGCCCUUGGUAGAACUGGCAAGUCAAAUAGGAGUCCGACACUAUCUUUUCGUUAGCAGUGCUGGAAUAUACAAAGCAAGCGAGAUGACUCCGCACUUUGAGAAUGAUCCUGUAAAUUCAGACGCUGCUAUAUCUCAAACAGAACGAUUCCUUCUUUCACAGACCUCUUUCGCAGUCACUUGCUUCAGACCUAUUUAUUUGAUCGGGUUAAAAAGUGCCAAAACCAGCUACACAGACUACUUCUUUGACCGCAUAAUUAGAGGACUAAAAGUGCCCAUACCCUAUCCUGGGGACCAACUAGUUUCACUUAGCCACGUGGAUGACCUUGUGCAGAUGAUAAUUCUUUCUAUAGAUAAAUCUGACGCUUUUCAAGAAAUAUUCAAUGCAACUAGUGGAAAAUUCAUUACUGUUCGAGCUUUAGCCGAGUUGUGCUCUCAGGUGUGUUGCAAACCUUUGCAAACGUUUUAUUACGACGCGGGACUCGCUUCUAAUUCCUUCUCACGAUUUCCAUUUCGCAACAGACAUUUUAUAGCUGAUCCACGCAAAGCAGAGCAACUACUGGGUUGGUCUAGUCAUACGAAUUUGGAAGAGAAUAUUGCACAAAUGUUCUCAGAAUAUUUAUCUCUCCAAAAGGAUAAACAAAAUUUUCCAUUGGAUGAAGAUCACAAACUGUGGGAAGUAAUGAGUAGUAUUUCAUCUUAAUGCAAAAAAAUAAAGCGCGUUUGGUACCCUGUUUUA